ACUUGGAAAGUUACCGAUAAAAACCAAAAUAAUGCCUCGCAGAAAGUCAAAUUUGGGCCGUCGCACUCACAAUGCAGAAGGAUUAAGGAGAUGGCGUUCGAAUAUCACUGAGGAAGAGCAAACAUCUUUACGAGAGAGGAACAGGCUAAACACCAUCCAGACACGUAACGUGGACCCAGCAGAAAGACGAGCAGCCAGGCUUGAGGAUGCACGAUUGCGAGCACGUCAGUCGCGUUCUGCAGCAACAGAUUUGGUUCGUUUUGAACGCAAUGAACGCGAAAGGGUGAGGAUAGCUGAAACACGAACAGAAAGAACAGCUGAUCUGCAUCUGGAAUACAAUCGUCUUGCGUUCCGGUACAAUCCAGCUAUUGAUUAUAGUUCAAGUCAGCAUGUUGUCAUUGGUCAGAUGAGUCAUGUAUGUAGCUACUGCCAGGCUCUAAAGUUUAAUAAUGAAACGAAAGGGAUGUGUUGUGCUGGCGGAAAAAUCAAAUUGCCUCAACUUGAUGCACCACCAGAGCCAUUGAAAACUUUACUUACUGGAUCUACCGCUGAAUCAAAGCAUUUCUUAUCGAACAUCAGGAAAUAUAACUCUUGCUUCCAAAUGACAUCAUUUGGUGCGGAAAUCGUGACUGCUCAAUUCAUGCCAACUUUUAAAAUCAAAGGGCAAAUAUAUCACAAAGCUGGCUCCCUGCUCCCAUUCUCAGAUAGUGACCAUAAAUUUCUACAAAUGUACUUCAUUGGUGAUGAUAGACAUGAAGUAGAUGCACGUUGUGGAAUACAUAACUCGCUAAGAAGAUCCAUUAUUUUGCAGCUGCAGGAGCUUCUUCACGAAAGGAACAGUUUGGUGCGUUUGUUCAAAACAGCAAUUGAUAUGAUGCCAUCAGAUACCCACAAAAUUGUUAUUCACGCAGACAAAACUCCUGCUGGAGAACAUGUCCGGAGAUAUAAUGCUCCAACUAUAGACGAAGUAGCAAUUGUCAUAGUUGGUGAUCAGUUCCAACCUAGAGAUAUUGUUCUCCAUCGAAGAAAUAAUCAAUUAAUAAAUGUAGCAGAAACUCACCGUUGUUACGAUGCUUUACAAUAUCCAUUGAUCUUUUGGGAUGGUGCUGAUGGAUAUCAUUUCAAUGUGAAAAUGAUAAAUCCAGUAAAUGGUGCAGAAAUCAAUAAAAAGUGCAGCUCAAUGAACUUUUACGCAUACCGCUUAAUGAUUCGGAUGAACGAGGACAAUCAUAUUCUAAAAUUCCGUCAGUUAUUUCACCAGUACCUUGUGGAUAUGUAUGCAAAAAUUGAAACGGAACGUUUGCUAUUUCUUCGUUUGAAUCAGACUAAACUACGCUCUGAAGAAUAUAUUCAUUUGCGAGAUGCAGUUGUGAAUGAUGGUAAUACAACCAACGUUGGAAAGCUAACUAUUUUGCCAUCUUCAUUCAUUGGCAGUCCACGUCACAUGCAAGAAUAUGCUCAAGAUGCAAUGUCAUAUGUUCGUCAUUAUGGGCGUCCAGAUUUAUUUAUCACUUUCACUUGCAAUCCAGUUUGGGACGAGAUACAGCAGCUGUUAUUUCCUGGGCAAUCACACGUGGAUAGGCAUGACAUUAUAGCACGUGUUUUCCGGCAAAAGCUUAAAUCGCUGAUGGAUUUCAUUGUGAAACUUGAAGUAUUUGGAUCUGUGCGCUGCUGGAUGUAUUCAGUGGAAUGGCAGAAGAGAGGAUUACCACAUGCGCAUAUACUAAUCUGGCUCUACAAUAAAAUAACUUCAGACGAAAUUGAUGACGUGAUAUGCGCUGAGAUUCCACGGGCUGACAGCGAUAAGGAUUUGCAUGCAGUGAUCAUCAAAAACAUGAUACAUGGACCAUGUGGUACACUAAAUCCAAAUUCACCAUGCAUGGUAGAUGGGAAAUGCUCUAAGCAAUAUCCUCGAGCAUUUACAGCAAACACAGUAACAGGCGACGAUGGAUAUCCUCGGUAUAGAAGACGAUCAACUGAAGAUGGUGGAAAUUCGGCAACUAUACACAUGCGAAAUGGUGAUAUUGAUGUAGACAACCGUUGGGUGGUUCCAUAUUCUCCUUUACUGUCAAAAACAUACCAAGCCCACAUAAACGUAGAAUAUUGCAAUUCUGUGAAAUCGAUUAAAUAUAUCUGUAAAUAUGUAAAUAAAGGCAGCGAUAUGGCAGUUUUUAGUGUGCAAUCUGAUAAUUGUGACAAUAAUGCAGUACGAGAUAUUGAUGAAAUUGCUCAAUACCAGGCUGGAAGAUACAUAAGCAGCAAUGAGGCUGCAUGGCGAAUUUUUUCAUUUCCCAUGCAUGAACGCAAUCCAGCUGUGGUUCACUUGGCAGUACAUUUAGAAAAUGGACAGCGUGUUUAUUUCACAGAUGCAAAUGUGCAAGAAAGAGCCCUUAAUCCACCUGGUACAACUCUGACUGCUUUUUUCACCUUAUGCCAGGAAGACGCUUUUGCCAGAACACUAAUGUAUUCAGAAGUUCCCUCUUACUACACGUGGAAUGUAACUAGAAAAGUAUUUGUACGGCGCAAACGAGGGGAGCCAGUCAACGGUCACCCUGGCAUUUUCAAAGAAAAUACAAUUGGUAGACUUUAUACAGUGCAUCCCAAUCAAGAUGAAUGUUUUUACCUUCGCAUGCUAUUGGUAAAUGUGCCUGGUCCUACAUCUUUCCAGCAAUUAAAAAUAGUUGACGGCGUCACACAUGCCACUUUUCGCGCUACGUGUCAAGCUCUGAAUUUAUUAGAAAAUGACCAACAGUGGAACAUAUGCAUCAAUGACGCGUGCAACACUGCACAUCCAAACCAAAUUCGCGCAUUAUUUGCGAUUAUAUUGACCGCUUGCUUUCCUUCAUCUCCCACAGAGUUAUGGGAAAGAUAUCGUUCGCAUAUGGCUGAAGAUAUUUUGCAUAGAGUACGCCUUGAAAAUGCCAAUAUGACCUUAGAAUUUACAGAAGCCAUUUACAACGAAGCAUUGAUAAAUAUUGAGGACAAGUGCUUAGCUAUUGCAAAUAAAGUUCUUAGUCAAUUAGGAAUGCCAGCACCAACCCGAACUGCGACUGCUGCAUUUGAUGUAGAUUUACGCCGUGAACAGAGUUACAACAUUAAUGAUCUUCAGGCAUAUGUCCAAUCGAACAUUCCCAAAUUAACGUGGGAACAGAAAGGCAUUUAUGAUCGCAUAAUGCAAAUGAUAAAUGAUGGAGUUGGGGGGACCUUCUUCUUGGAUGCGCCAGGAGGAACUGGGAAAACAUUCCUCAUUAGAUUGAUUCUAGCAACGGUGGAAGAACUGCGCAUUCAGCUCUAA